AUGGCCAAGCGAAGUGCUCUCUCUUCCCUCGACCAGUCCGGACAGCCCGUUGAGAAAAAGGCUGCUGCUGCGGAGGCUUCACGCUCGCUCGGCCAGGCCUCAUCUCCCAGAGUUACUCGAUCCGCCGCCAGGCUUGCUGCCGGCAAUUCUGCCAGUCCGUCAGAGCCGGCUCCGUCAUCAAAUCCGCCCUCUCAAGCUCGGAAACGAAAGGCCCCUUCCCGGCGUGAUAUAGCUCGGGGAGAACCUGAAGUACCUCAGUCACCCUCCUCAUCUCGGUCUAAGCGCCCCAAACUGUCACCUUCUGCUCGCCAGCCUGCCACUCGACAUAGUACUCGCCAGCCUACGGCCAUGCCUCAGUCAAGAUCGCCAGGAGCGCCGGGAGAACGGUCAAAACCCGUCCCCGCUUCAUCCUCAUCAUCAAAGACCCGUUCUAGUCGAAAUAGAAAGACUACAAGAGACGUCUCGCAGCACGUUUCUCCGCCACGUCGGCAGAGAAAGCGAGGAAAACGAGAUGACGAUGUCGAAAUGAAGGACGGGAACGAUGAUGACAAGGACAAGGCAGAUCACAAGGAAGACGAGGAUCUAUCGCCAGCUAGCGAUAGCCAUGAAGAACCUAGCCAAAUGGACACUGCCGAGGAGGAAGAACAUGACCCGUUUCGUAGUGGCAUCUUUGGAGCAGGAAGCCCCUUUGGUUUGCAGAGUACACUCCGUGCCCUCAGCGGUAUGAUGUCGGGCAUGUCUUCCCGCCUCAGAGGUAUUCUUUCGAACUUGAAGACAAAGGAAGACCCGUCGGUUCAGCUAAUUGCAUUGCAAGAACUAUCAGACCUUCUUUUAGUUUCGAACGAGGACAACCUCGCUGGUCACUUCUCCCCAGAACCAUAUGUGCACGAACUCGUAAAUCUGAUGCAACCUAAUGAAUUCGGAGAAGAAAACCCAGAAAUAAUGCUGCUAGCUUGCCGAUGUCUAGCAAAUAUGAUGGAGGCGAUUCGGGGCUCUGUCGUCAAUGUGGUCCAGGGCGGAGCGGUCCCGAUUCUCUGCCAAAAGCUGCUGGAUAUACAAUUCAUCGACUUAGCCGAGCAGGCUUUAAGCACCCUGUCAAAGAUAUCUGUGGACUUCCCAGCUUCGAUUGUUCGAGAGGGCGGACUCACAGCCUGUCUCACAUAUCUCGAUUUCUUCCCCACUAGCACCCAACGUACUGCUGUCACGACAGCUGCCAACUGUUGCCGCAACGUGCCGCAAGAUUCUUUCCCCGUCGUGAAGGAUGUCAUGCCGAUACUACUAAAUGUCCUCUCUAGUAGCGACCAAAAAGUUGUGGAGCAGGGCUGCCUGUGUGUUUGCCGCGUGGUUGAAAGCUUCAAGUACAAGCCGGAGCAAUUGGAGGAAUUAAUCAAGCCGGAUCUGCUACGAGCCGUCCUUCGAUUGCUCCUCCCAGGCACCGCAAACCUGAUCGGCCCACACAUUCACACCUACUUCCUCCGCAUCCUAGGAAUCAUCUGCAAAUCAAGCCCAUCUCUAUCUGUUGAGCUCCUGAAAAUGAACAUUGUAGAUACUCUGUAUCAAAUCCUUACGGGAGUAUCACCACCCUCAGAUGAUGGGUCUGGGUCAAUCAAGUCUGAUAGCGUGCAUAUCAUGCAAGCUUUGAUCCACCGCCCACGAGAACAGGUGUAUGAGACACUAAACGUCGUCUACGAGGUACUUCCCGCUGUAUCAAAAGGGUCCAUUGUUCUUUUAGACGAUCAGCUCCGAUCAACCCUCUGUGGCGGUGCUCUACCACUUUCGACUACUCCCAAAAUCAAAGCUAUGGGUGAAAAGCGACUGGAGCUGCUGAAGCAGUGCCAACCCGAAAUUAAACGGUUCACUACGAUUCUAUUGCCUACUCUUACGGAUGUCUACUGUAGCACGGUAAACUUAAGGGUAAGGCAAAAGGUUCUGUUGGCUCAAUUGAAAAUGGUCCAGGCCCUUGAUGUCGCCAUCAUUGAAGAAGCUCUUAGGUCCAUACCAUAUGCUUCGUUUCUGGCUGGCAUACUGUCUCAAAGAGACCAUGUAUCCCUCGUUGCACUCGCAUUGCAGUGUGCUGAGCUUUUAUUCGAACGACUGAGAGAAAUUUACCAAUAUCAAUUCCAUCGCGAAGGUGUCAUAACAGAAAUCAAGCAGUUAGCCAAUGCGCCGGUGUCGGGCAAAGCUGGGAAUUCGGGUGUGACAAAGUCUGAUAUAAUGCUAGAACCAGGCCAUCGAGCCCAUGACGAUAAUAUGGACUAUGAGCAGGAUCAGGAUAGUGGCCAUGAAAAUGACAUUCCGAACGAAGUACAGGACCAUGAGGAUGAAAGCAAUGAUGAAGAUGAUUUCAAUGGUGAUUAUCCGGAUGAACCAGAGAAUCCUGCACAUGAUCAUGACGAUGCCUCGGACAGUGAAUCAUCCUCCAUCGUUCAUCCUCCAUCUCAACCACUUGACAUCACCCUCCAGGAUCUCAUUGUAACCGGCGCAAAACAUUUCCUCCAAUUCUACGAAGAGAGCAAGGUUACUGGUAUGCAUGAAAAGGCGGAAGUAGUACUGGCGACUCUGCGCGAACUGACUACCAAGAUCGAAGCUUGUUAUAAGGAUCCUACUCAAUUGAGCCAGGGCUACAGCCUCUUUUGUGAGCUUGCGCGGUACUUUGAUGGAAACACUCUUGAUAGUAUCACCAGCUAUGAACUCUUGAAUUCCGGCAUCAUUCGCGUUCUUGUUGAUGUCAUGGAGGGUUCAAAGGAUCGAGCAGGUGCGGACUUUUUAAAAGCAUUUAAGUGUCCCCAUCUGGCGAUAAAAUCCGGAGCUGAACAUACAACUGCUUUUGGUGCCUUCAUUCAUAAACUUCAAGACUUACUCAGUCGAACCGAGAAUUUUGAAGUUGUGACAGUCCACCAUAAUGCAUUUGACAAUAGAAGUACUUUGUCGAUGCUAUCCAAACAGAUCCGGCUCCGAUUAGUAGCUGAGGAAGGCUCGAAUAUCCCAAAACCGUACAGGAACAUGAUGGUUUCUAUUCAUGCUAUUGCCAACUUCAAAACGUUGGAUGACUAUCUUCGUCCGCGGAUUUGCCUCUCAGAGCGUCCACGCAAUUCUCGGCAUCGUGACGUUGCUUUUCCUCAUCUUCCUCCUGGGGCUAAUCUUCAGGACCCAGAAUCAACUAGUCGGGGAAGCGACACGGGCUCGCCGCAUUUGUCCGAUUUCCCUUCUUAUCGACUUCCAACUGCGCACGACAACUCUAACGGAGCUAGCUCCAGGGGUACAAACAAAGGGAGACCAGCUCGUCCUUCAACCCUACGAGAAGACACAAGUGAAGCUCAGCAAGAAGGAACAGGACGAAGACGCUCGGCUAGGCAUCAGCCUCCACCGCCGCCCAUGGAAAGUGACGAUACAGAUGGUCCUUUGGAAUGCGCUGACGAAACACACCUUAGUGAUGAUGAAGAGGAAGACGACGAAGGAGACGCUCUUGACACCAUUGUAGAUGAUAUUGAUGAUGAUUUAUCUGAAGAUGAAGCCCCGGACCCCUCUGCCGUUAACAUGGAGGUCGCUUCCUCCGGUAAAGUGACUGCGAGGAAGGAGGAUGGUACAAGAGUUUCCACUCCAUCCCAAUCCACACCAGUAGCAAAGUCGUCAUCCUCUUCCCUUGCCAGAUCAAGCCCCCAAUCUUUUGGUCGGUCUCUUUCUCUGGCUGGUCGGUCCUUUACGUCCUAUGCUGCUGCAAUGCUGGCCAUGCCACAAGACUGGCAUAUUGAGUUCAGCUUGAAUGGGAAAACUAUCACAAACGACACUACUAUCUAUCGUGCAGUCCAAGGAGACCAUGGCAGCAAAGAUGGUUCCCCUGCAAGAAACGUUUGGUCAACGGUCCACACUGUCCAGUUCAAACGAGCUCAAGGGCCACAACCUCCAGAGCCAUCAACGCUUACUCCUACCUCAUCCAGUCUCUCAACUAUUGUUAACGAGACAGAUAUGCCGGAAUCACUAAAUAAUACCCCUACAACUGCGUCUAUCCUUCGGCUCCUUCGAGCUUUACACCAUCUUAACUCUCAAUCAGAUGAUGAAUUGGCAAAUGGUAACGGGCUGGUAGGGCUAACACCUGAGCCUCCUUCACAGUUCAUCAACACAAAACUUACUGCUAAGCUGAACCGACAGCUGGAGGAACCAUUGAUAGUGGCGAGCAGUUGCUUGCCUAGCUGGAGUGAGGAUCUAGGACGGCAUUUUGCCUUUCUCUUCCCAUUUGAGACCCGUCAUGUUUUCCUACAGUCUACGUCUUUUGGCUACGCUAGGUCCAUGGUGCGCUGGCAAGGGUCACAGUCAAAUGAUGAUGGUCAGCGCGAACGUCGCAGAGACGACCGCGCCUAUACCGGCCGAUUACAGAGACAAAAGGUACGGAUUUCCCGGACACGCAUCCUAGAUUCUGCCAUGAAGGUCCUCGAACUAUACGGCUCUUCUCCAAGUGUCCUGGAAAUCGAAUAUUUCGAAGAGGUUGGAACUGGGCUGGGCCCGACCCUUGAGUUCUACUCAACCGUCUCCAAGGAGUUUUCCAAACGAAAGCUUAAGCUUUGGAGGGAUUCAGAUACCAACGAUGAUGGAGAAUAUGUCAACAAUAAACUGGGGCUCUUCCCAGCGCCUAUGAGCCACGAACAAACUAAUCAGGAAGCCGGGAAAAAGCAAUUGCAAUACUUUAAAGCACUAGGCAAAUUUGUUGCCCGUUCAAUGUUGGAUUCACGCAUCAUUGAUAUUGGAUUCAAUCCUUUAUUCUUUAGUGCCGGUCGAGGUGUGUACGCGAAGCAGCCACCGUCUAUAGGCUCUGUGAAACGGGUCGACCCUGAGCUCGCACAUUCAUUGAUGUUCUUGAAGAGAUUUGCCGAUAAAGCAGCUGCAAUUAAAGCGGACCCCUCGCUGUCAGCAGAUGAAAUCACUGAAGCAAUGGAGCAGUGUGAAGUUGAUGAUACCAAACUUGCUGAUCUAGGCCUUUAUUUCACUCUGCCUGGGUAUCCUAACAUAAAGCUUAUGCCAGAUGGCCAUAACACACUCAUCACCAUGUCAAAUGUUGAGUUAUACAUCAAAAAAGUUAUCGAUAUGACACUUGUUAGCGGAGUAAAGCCACAGCUAGAUGCGUUCGCCGCUGGCUUCUCGCAAGUGUUUUUAUAUUCAUCAUUGAAAACAUUUACACCAGAGGAGCUGGUAAUGCUCUUUGGACAGGUUGACGAAGACUGGUCAAUCGAGACUCUCAUGGAUUCUAUUAAAGCCGACCACGGAUUCAAUAUGGACAGUAGAAGUGUUCGAAACCUGCUUGCAACACUGAGCGAGUUCACACUUCAGCAGCGCCGUGAAUUCUUGCAAUUCGUCACCGGCAGCCCCAAACUUCCCAUUGGGGGAUUCAAGGGACUCACGCCAAUGUUUACAGUUGUAUGUCGCCCUAGCGAACCGCCGUACACCCCAGAUGACUACCUCCCCAGUGUCAUGACCUGCGUGAACUACUUGAAACUGCCAGACUACUCCUCUGCGGAAGUCCUCCUCGACAAACUCAGCAUAGCGAUGCGCGAGGGACAAGGCGCAUUCCACCUUUCCUAG